AUGGGAAUCCCAUCAAAUGAUGAGAACCUCAGUCCAAAAACUCUAUCUUCGAGUCCAUCAAAUUGUAUGGUGGUAAAGGCCGGCAUAAUUCCAGCCUCACUUUCCUCGUUCCCUGGUAUGGAACAUGAUCGUUCGGGUUUCAAUGGACUGUCGCAGGAAACACCUCCCAACGGAAUCUCGCAGUACAUUGAAGACCCCCUUACGUUUGAUGAUGAGCGAGAAGUAGAAGCUGUUGCGGAUGCGUCGGAACCUCAUACAAAGCCAUUACCUGUCACUGUGCCGCCCACGAAUACAACUCCAGAAUCUAUUCCACCAGUGAAAACAUCAAAUCCUGCACCGAAUGAGGUUUCUUCCAAUCAAACGCUCCCUCCACUUCAUAUUAAUGUGAACGAUUGUUCAAAAGCAGACUCGAACAACACAAACUCACAAGAUCCUGAGUCGUCUAGCAAUGGUUCGAAUAAUGAAAAGAAGACAUUCCAACAUCCUUCUAUUCGAAUUCCUCAACGACCGAACACUUCUUCCAAUCCGGCUCAAGUAAUCAUGGGUCCUCCGAGCAGUACGAAUACCCAAGUACUUCUCAGUCCUGCAGGAAAUUUGCAAAACGGUUUUCCACGCAAAUCGUCUAGCGACUACUCACCCGGAUUCGGUCGCUCAAUGCACAAAGGAAAUAAGACAACUCAUCCGCUGGCUGCUCAAAGGAGUACUUCAUCAUCUGUUCGCUCACCUAACAUUUCGGUUGGAGGACAGUCCAGUAGACCGCCUAGUGCAAUGGCAUCACCCAGCGGAGGACGGAAAGAACACGAACUGGUCAGACGACGAGCGCUGGUAGACCGGAUAACAAAAUCUCGAGGGCCUGAUUAUGUACAUUUAUUGCCACAAACCGAAGGUCUAUCACAUACACAGACUUCAAUUUUGUUGAGGAAGCACCGAGGAACUUUGGCGAAUGAAGGAAUGCCGUGUGCUAUGCAAAACAUGCUAGAGUGUAGUCCUGAAUCAGACAGAUCCGAACAUUUGAUGAAGGAAAAAAUUAAAGACGCUAAUUUGAAGAGAUCACGACACGUCAAUACUGAUGAACUCACUGACGUCAGUGAUCUUGAAGACGAUUUGGAAGAAGAUUUAGGUCCGGAUUCACGCGAGAGAAAAAGUGUGAACAGUGCUCCUCGAUGGAUCCCUAAACGGAUGAGAUAUGCCGGAAUGUUAGCGAGAACGGAAACUUUGCUCGAAGAAAAAACUGCGCUGUUAGGAAUGCUAGAAUCUCAACAAACCGUAAUGAACAGUUCUUCUGGCGUGCGAUUUGUUGGAGAGGAGAUGAUACCCCGCCGUAGGAGACAACUAAAUGGAAUGUAUUUUCUCUACGAUAAAUCUACGCUACGAAGAGCAACUCCUCAUAAAUUCGGAUGUGCAAGAGCAAUGCCAAUUCAGUCUUGGACAAAGAGAGAACUACAUGAAGAUGUUUUUUGUGAGUCAACGAUUCAAAAAACGCAGAAUGCAGGAUCAGUCGUAAAGUCUUCUAUGUCGCCCAACGAUAAAUGGGUAGCUAUUGCACCGCAUAGCUCGAUUCCUCAUCUAACAAAUGGAGAAACUCGAGAGAUCACUGAGUACGAUUAUGAAGAAUACAAGGCUGGUGAAGGGAUGAAGCGAGUGAAUGAGCUAUCCUCUCUUGAUCCGAUGGAAUUCAUUCUUUCUUCUGAUUUUAACACUAUCGAGGAUCGUCAAAUGGCAUACAUGCAUCGGCUUUCAACAGCGCCUUCGAAUGCAAUUCGCAAAAAACACGGCAAGUCGAUUCAUUUCGAGAGGGACUAUCGAAAGACGGCGGAACAGUAUACGACAGUAAAGAAAAGUACGGAUAAAAAGAAGGAACGAAAGUCGAUAGGAGAGGCGAGUGAUGAUGAAGAACAGGAAGAAGUUGAACCGAAGGCGGAAACGAAGAAAAGAUCUCGUGGAAGGCCGGCAGCAUCAAGAAGAAGACAUGGAAGAGCGAAUGCGAGGGAUCUAGGAAUUUAUGUAGAUUACCUAUUCGACGAGUUGCACGAAGAUAUAUGCGUUAAGCAGCUGCCGAACAAAGUUGCAUAUGCCAACAUUGCUGUCCCUGUAUGGUACAAAAUACCGGAUGAUUAUUGGGAAGACGUUCCGAGCUCAAGUUCGGCUCCUGAUGAUUUGUUCCUCACAAACGCUAAACAACAUCACAAGCUGAUGCACGCUGAGCGACAAAGGAUUAUUCAAGAGACGACGGAUAAGAAGACUCGAAACCGUCAGAACAAAUCAGCCGCCGCCACACCAGCUCAUAAUCCAUUCAAUGAAGAUUUGGAAAUGGAUGGUUUUCCUCCAUUCGAUAUGGCCGCGUUCGAGAGUAAUGCUACCUCGUCGCGCCUCUACGCAUCCGUUGAAAAACCGUACGAACAACGGGAUUUCCUCAACAACCACAGCUCCCAGUCAUCUAAAUAG